GAUUGGUUUGAUGAGCUUUGACUGAUGAGUUUUUACAUAAUGGAUUAAGCAGUGAUGGGGAUCUAAAUACCAGAAGCAGACAUGUCAUUAUAAAACCAUUAUGGUGAUUCGAUCAAGAGUUAUUCUACCAAUCGUUGAUCAUCAGCACAACAGUGGCAUCACAAAUGUCACGUCAUCCGUCUAGUAGUUGUCGUCCUAAGCUUAGAGGGGACAGCGUGUCUUUUUUUGGGAGUCAACAUUGUUAGAAAAAGUAGCUCAUUUCCGCUUUAGGGUGGACUUUCCCAUAGAAACCCACUGAAACCAGCGUGCCUCCACGCGCUCCCAGCAUCACAGCACGAGGGAGGGAGGGAGGGAAAAGAGGAAGGGGUGAGGGCUGUUUACGUUGUCAUCCAUCUGCACCACGGGGGACAACAGCUGUUUCGCGCUCGAGCCAGAGUCCGCCCGUUCAGACCGUCUCCGCUUUACGCACAGCCAUGACUUUGACGCACAGGUGAACUUAUUUCCGCCUCGGAAACACAACUCCGAAAGGAAAGGAGCCCUCGCGUGCGUUUGUCAAACUGUUCCCGUCUGAGCAGCUCGGAGCACGAACGGGUCCCCGCAGCCAUGUCCAGGAAGAAGGCAGCGAAAGGCAAAGGGAGCUCCAGGAGCCCCAAGCCGUCGCCGGGCGGCGGGAGGACGGCCAGAGGUCUGGCCGCCGCCGCCGCGCCGUCCUCCGGGCUGGUUUAUCCCAGCAGACCGUCCAUCAGCAACAGCGGGGAGUUCUACGACGUCGCCUUCAAGGUGAUGCUGGUGGGGGAUUCAGGUGUUGGGAAGACCUGUCUGCUGGUCCGCUUCAAAGAUGGCGCCUUUCUAGCCGGCAGCUUCAUCUCCACCGUGGGCAUCGACUUCAGGAAUAAAGUAAUGAGCAUUGACGCGGUGAAGGUCAAACUCCAGAUCUGGGACACCGCCGGACAGGAGCGAUUCCGCAGCGUCACACAUGCUUACUACCGCGACGCCAACGCUCUCCUCCUUCUCUACGACGUCACCAACAAAGCGUCCUUCGACAACAUCCGGGCCUGGCUGACUGAGAUCCACGAGUACGCCCAGCAGGACGUGGUCGUCAUGCUGCUGGGCAACAAGGUUGACUCCACACAUGACAGGAUGGUGAAGCGAGAGGAGGGAGAGAAACUGGCCAGGGAGUUCGGCGUGCCCUUCAUGGAGACCAGUUCUAAAUCUGGACUGAAUGUGGAUCUGGCCUUCACUGCAGUGGCCAAAGAACUGAAGCACAGGACCAUGAAGGAGCCCGAUGAGCCAAAGUUUCAGCUGCAGCAGUACGUCGACAAGGAAAUGAGGACGGCUGGCUGCUGUCGCUCGUAGACGAGAGAGAGAGAGAGAGAGAGAGAGAGAGAGAGAGAGAGAGAGAGAGAGAGAGAGAGAGAGAGAGAGAGAGAGAGAGAGAGAGAGAGAGAGAGAGAGAGAGAGAGAGAGAGAGAGAGAGAGAGAGAGAGAGAGAGAGAGAGAGAGAGAGAGAGAGAGAGAGAACGAUUCCUCUCUCCUGACCCACCUAUCCUCUGCUACUGUGAUUGUAAUAUAACUUGGACACAUGCUUGCACACUCACACACACACACACACACAUGCAUGUACACACACGUGGUUCUGUUUUACGUUCAGUUCCUUUGUUUCCAUGAGCGUGAUGUACAUAUUUGAAAUGUGAUUUGUCAUUUUGUGCCCUGCAGCUUUGUAGUUUGUAAAUGGCUGUCUUGUUGGAGACACAAACAUGUUGGAUAUAAAAUCAAUCGGGAAGGAAGUAGAAACGAAAAGCUCAUAUCUGUACAGAUAAACUAUUGCACCUAAUGUAAGCGACCAAAUGGCCCCCGUGUGGUGUUUGUGUACAGGAUGCAGCAAGCUGUUUUUAACACACAAAUGGAAUUUAUUUAGAGCUCUUUACCUUUUAUACACUGAUUGUUACGAUCAAAUUGGGAACUUUCAUGUGAAGCAUUUUGACAUUAGGAUCCUCCCUCGGCCAUUUUCGACGACAUUAAAAUGCAAAGCGAUGGACCGACUUGUACAGAUUCCCCCUUUUUCAUUGUUAGCAGCCCGUGACGUCACCACGAGCAGCUGUUAUCACGAGCAGUGCUUCAGACGGACUCAGUGAGUAACUAACGUCUGCGCUUAGAUUUGAGCCGACCUUGAGAAGGUGACAUACCUAAAGUAUUACACGUGAGAGAAGUCCAUUUGUAAAAUAUGUAUAUUACAUAAAUGCCACCUUACUCCUCCGCCUGCUUCUUUAGGGGCAGGUAACAUUCAAAGUGGAUCCAUUGCAAGAAACAAAAGGGAGCUUUUGUUGCAUAGAAAUCACUUCUAGCAUGGUCAUGAAAAAGGGCGAUUUAAGUACAGGAGACAAAUAAUUUGAUUUUGGAGUCUGUUUCCAACCGGGCUUAACAAAAAUAAAAAUAAAUUGUAAUUGUUUUAGGUUCAUUCUUGAAUUUGGAAAAAGAAGCCUGGUGGAACAAUUCUGGAUUAAAGGGCCAUUUCCAGCAUUAUCUUUUAUGGAGCUCUGCAUCACAUUCGAAUGCUGACAAAAUAAAGACAUACCAGAAAAAUAUGCAAAGUGCCAGUCUUGUACAUUUCAAUCGAGAUCACAAACAGUGUGGAUUGUAGAAGUGUUUAGAAGCAUUGAAAGCGAGAGGAAGGGUUGAAUGCGUUACCGUGGUGAUAGCUUGUUGUUUAGAGACGUACCCAUCCUUCUCGGCUCUUUGCUGUAUUGCGGCAUUCCACAGGCUUUUUCAUCCUCUUCUUUAGUGGGACAUGUUUUAUUUCAUGCUUAUAUUGAAAACAUAGAUUGCAUUAAGAAAUAUUCAAAAUACAACCAAAUUUGAUUUUAGGAAGUGGUUACACUGAAUCAUGAUAUCCAGAUUUCAACUAGUAGUUAUUGAUUAGAGUAAACUUGUUAUGCGUAUCUUGUAUCUUCACUGAAAUGAUUUGUAUCAAUCCUGUGUUCACAAAUAAAGAAUCAGUGAACUGCGAA